CUCCCAUACAUGAAACGCCAAGAAUAUACUUUAACGUUGAAGAGGAACACUGCAGACAGUUCCUUAAUUUAAAUAAUGGAUUCUCGCCGUUCCGAAGCUUUCUCCCGACUGAAACCAUACUGUGUUCAGCUGACUAGAGAACAUACUCGAGAAAACAUUGCAGAGUUAUUCAAUGCGCUGCAGGCUGUGGACAAUGUUUUCCUUCAAGACCUCCAGGAAUAUGUGAUCUUUCCACUGAGGAUAAUUUUAAAACAACCAAAGAAAUGUUCACAAGAUCUGUACCUGGACCUGUACACGUGUAUGGAGUAUGUGUUGGGCCACACUCGCAUCACCAGAUGGGAUUUGUUCCAGGACAUAUUUAACACAGCCACAACAAUGCUCUCGUGUCCCACAGACCAGAGCAAAGUUGCUAAACUAAGUGAGGAGCUAAAGCUUGCAAUUAUACAGACAUUGAGGACUUUGGUGAAAAACUCUGAAUGCAGUGUUGUCCAGCAGUUAUAUACUCUACUGUGCUUGCCACUAUUGGGACAUUCUGUUUCCCUUCUACUCAACAUAGCGGAGAUAGAGAGGGCAAGAAAUCUGCGCAUACUGGCAAUGGAAUGUCUCCUGGACUUCAGUCAGGCAGACACCAAAUUAAGCCAGUGUAUGAAGGCAGACAUAGGGAACAUGUACGCAUCAUUCCUACCGGGGAUAUCUGUGACCCUGUGUAAGAUUAUCACUGGGGACACAAAGCAAGGAUACGCUGUAACAGCAAAGGCGAUCUAUGUGUGGAUGCGGAUCAUAAGCCUUGUAUUGGAUGAUAAACUGCUGGAACUCUACUGCCAAAAACAGGCCAAGAAAUCACAGGACCAGAAAGAUCUGGAUGAUCGCCUAGCCGGCCUGAUAGUGACACGAGACAGCACCUGGCUGUCCACUACGAGCAGUAAUCUGUGUGUACUGGUGAAACAGGUGACCAACGUGAGGGCCCACUGUAACUGGAGGGUGAGACUGGGACUGGUUGAGUGUGCCGAGCAUCUGCUGCUGCAUUGUAACAACUCCCUGAAAGAGUGUGUUCCCCAUUUUCUUGAGAUACUGGUUAGCCUUAUUGGUGACGACUACGCCAAAGUGUCGGAGGGUAGCCGGCAUGCUCUGGAGUUAUUUUCUAGCAGUCAGGCAGUUGACCAGCAACAUAGAUUAACAGAGAUACUGGAAGAAAAUCUGCACAAGCUUGCGACAUCUCUCCCUAGAAGGAUACAGACUGCCGAGGAAGAAGACAAGUUGGCAUUGCUGAAUAUGUUGAUUGGGUAUAUCAGUAUUCUCGGUAACAAGGUGAAGAACCUUCUCCUGUCUUUGCCACACCUGAAGAAACUUUCCCUGGCACUCGUACAGAUACUAGAGAUGGAGUGUUCCGAUGUGAAGAUCGUUGAAGAAAGGACAACAAUAACUGGCCAUGGCAGCAGUGCGAUACCAAGCAGCAAUGUCACAUCAUGUGGAAUAGUGCCCCCGAAGAAAUACUUCAAAAGGUUCACCAACGAGCGUAUAUUUGACCGUGUUCGAGGGGUGUGUCAGUUGCUAGGUUACCAUGGUGAUGUGCACCUGCUGGUUGACCAUUUCCUGGACAUAUUUCAUGAGACAAGCCUGUUUAAAUUACAGGCCACGUUGGUCAUUAAUGAGAUCAUGUUGGGGACCACUGGUGAAACAGCUUACACAAAUAAUACGAAGAAUGGAAGAAAAUGGCAGAACCACAGCAAAGAUGAGCUAUGUACUGUUGUCAGAAUGCUUGUUGACGAAUAUUUGAAUCCUGCAAACUUCGACCUUGUCACAUCAUUGACUACAAAUACGGGGGCGAGAGUUCAGACGCUUGAUCAGCAGCUGAGGUCUUUGGCUAUUACUUUACCCUCCCCAGUACAGGAAAAUACUGCAGCAAAAAUGAACAGAAAUAUCCUUCAGAUAUCUCUAUUUCUAGAGGGAUUUGGCAACUUUGCAAAAAUACUAAAGACGAGUUUUGAACCCCACCUGAUGUCAGUGCUGUAUCCAACGUUGGAGAAACUUGGAGAUGAGACAGCAUACAUCAGCAACACAGCUUUCAUUGCCCUAUGGGACAUCUGCCAUGCCUGUAGAUACAGAUCCAUAGAUGAGCUUAUCAGAGAGAACGCUGACUACUUGAUGAACUCUAUCUCCUUACGCCUACGACACUUGGACAGAAACAGACGAUGUCCCUUGGUCUUGAAAGUCAUGUUGCAGUAUAGCAGUGCAGAGUUACUGCCCCUGAUUGAUGAUACGGUACAGGAGAUUCUUGAUUCCCUGGAUGACAACUAUGCUGAAGAAGCUGCAUUGUUUAUGGGAGUUUUGAAUGAGCUAGCAAAGGCAGUGGUUAGAUGGUAUCCUGAGAAGUCUGACCGUGGGAAAAGCAAAGCUGGUAUAACAGGUGUUUCUGCUAAUGGUAGAACUGCUGAGAAUGAUGCUAAUGGUGAAAGGAAAGGUGCCACUAAAGGUUGCAGUGAAUGUGGUGUAGUGUUAAAUUUAAAUGGAGAAUUGACUGAUACCUCUACUGAUUAUUUGACUGAAGCACAAAAGUCUCAAAACGAGUUUGGUGAAAGUGAUGCACAGAAUGAUUUAAAACCUGAACAAGAUAAAAUUGAUCGCCCAAUACUAAAAGAUGGUAAGCCAGUUGGUUGUAAGAAGUGCCAUGUGGAUAAUAUUUCAAAAGACAUUCAGAAAUCCAGUUGCUCGUGUAAUAGUAAUUCUGAUGGUUUGAAAACAACGGUUGAAGUCUCAUCUGUUGAGUACUUGGAUGAGGACGAUGAAAUUGUCCAUGGUCAGUUUGAUGAUGCCGAAAUGACAAAUUUCAACUUUCAAACCUCUGGUAAUGAUAAGGUUUCCAAGAAAAGAGUUCUCAAUGGACCAGUUAAUUGUGUAGACUGCCAGAAAACUCUGCCUACAAAAUUGUGUGCCAUGUGUUCAAAAGAAGAAUUUAAAACUGACUAUGUUGAAAUAGAAGAAAAAAAGAAGAGCAAAUCUGUUCAGAAUCACAUUGAAAAUACUGGCAGUGCCCAAGUACAUUGUGAAAAAGUCAUGUGUGCAUCUUGUAAAUUUAAAUCUAAAAGACCAGAUUUGAUUGGUCAGGACACUUCAGGAAGUGAUGUCAUUAAUAAGAAGAUUGAAGAACUUGCAGAGUUCUUUUCUAAUCUCCUAAAGCUAGAAAAAGAAGCACUAGGGGAGAUAACUGAAGAAGAAUUGAAUAAUUUUAAUCCAGACUCGUCUCAGCCAGAUUCCACUGAUUCCAACAUGGAUGAGCCGGAGACGAAACCGCCCCUGCCUUCCCAUAUAAAAGCUGUGAAAGAAGUUAUGUUGCGGUGUAAACACAUCAUCUCAUCGAGAAAUCCCAGGCUUAGACUACUUGUGUUGGACACAGUCAGCCAGACUUGUGUUGCUUUAAGGAAGCACGAAGAUGAGUUGCUUCCCUUGAUUCACAAAGUUUGGCCAGCCUUCAGUCUGUGCUUUGCUGAUGAGGAGAAACUGGUCAUUAUCAAGGCCUUAGAUGUGCUACAGACUAUGUGCCGAUGUGCAGGGGACUUUGUCCGACAUCGGAUAGUGAAAGAUGUCCUUCCCAAACUUGCCUCUUUUCUCAAGAGCCAGGCUGAAAUCAGUGUUCAUGCAGGCUCCUCCUACCAGUUUACAGUGAACUACAAGCUACAGAUGGCUAUUCUUACAAGCAUUGGACCAAUAGCUCAACAGACAGAGAUCAGAGGCAGUGACCUUGACCUGAUUGUCUGCAGUUGUCUCCCCUACCUCCAUAUCAGACAGCCAACCACACUGCAGAAGACUUGUAUUGAGUGCUGCAUGAGACUGGCAUCAAUUGCCCCAGACCUCCUAUGGCUGAAGCUCUGUAGUGUGUACUGCCCAAAAGCAUAUAUCCCGCCUGACGGCAACUUCAUUCAGUCCAAGGGUCUUACGCAGCCAAGUUCAAGUAAUCCGUACAGCGGAAAUGUCACCAUAGUGCUCAGAGAGACGGCUUUAUUAUGACACCAUGGUUGAUUCCUUUGAAAGAAUUACUGAAUUUUUGACUAGUCUAUGUUUUUUUUUUUUUUCAAAUGGUGGAAUGAAUGUUGGAGAUGAUUAGUUGUCUGUUUCCUAAACUGAGCCAGGUCACAUGAUUUUGGGACUCUGGACUAACAUUUGCUUUUCUUGUUGUUUUUUUUAUUUUCCAAAUUCACUGACAUUUGAGGAACCAAUGUGAUAUCUUCACAGAUAUAAAGGAUAAUUGUUUGUUUUGGUUUAAGAUCUGUGAUUUUUUAUGCGAUUUACUGCCUUUAAAAGGCUGUUUCCCCUUGAGGAAAACUGUCCAUUUUUCCCAAAAUUUUAUGAUUUUUCAUUUUUUCCCAAUUUGAUAAACAAUUUUUUUCCAAAUUUGAUAAAUGCAGAUGACAGUCAUGAUUAAAAAAGCAAUGACUUUCUUAAAAUAUAAACAAGACCUUAAAAAGACUUACUCUUUCACAGCAUAAUGUAUACAUAAAAAAGUUAAAUCAUGUAAAACAUUUGCCAUUAUAUUGGCUAUUUUGGCCUGAUUUUGUAUUUUCCCCAGUCAACUUUUUUUUCCAAUUUGCAAGGUACAGGCAGUAAAAAUAAUUAAAAAAAAAUCACUGAAGAUAUUUAAUAUAUUUCACUGAAUGAGCACCAAAAGCUAUAUUUCACAAGUGGCUUUGCUAAUCACAUUAAAUUUCACAAGUGGCAAUCGCUAUCUAACAUUAAAACAAACAAUAUACGCUUUUAUCUAAUGCUUUGAAUUUUAACUAAAUUUAAUUGAUAGGAAAACCAGCGAAACUUUAAUCCAAUAAUAUAUUACAGGAAAGGAAAUUAAAUGAUGUCAUUGCAAUUUCUUACAUGCAUUUAUGUUACCGUUUUUACAGUGAGGCAGGUAAAUCGAAAAACAUGAAUAUUAAGAUUUCGAUAAAGUUUAUUGAGAUAUAAUUAACUGUUGUAUAUCAAUAAACCACCGGAAACCAUGCAAAUAAAUGUGUUUACAAGUAUCAUAUUGUAAUGUAAAGAUUGACAGCUUAAUUUGAUGCCAAACAUAGAAUCUUAAGACACAAAAGGAGAAACUUUUGAUUAUCUCAGUUUUUAGAGCUACUGGCCAAAGGCCAGAAUAGCUUAUGCGAUGGUAAUGUGUACGUAGUAUGUGCAUCCGUGCGUCCGUGCGGUCGUGCGUCCGUGCGGUCGUGCGUCUGUAAACAAUUGCUUGUGAACACGAUACAGUCUUCAGUUUUGAUUGUAUCUCAAUGAAACUUGUACAGUAUAUAGAUAUCCAUUAGAGCUCGGUUCCUUUCGAAAACCAGCCAGAUCCGUCCAUAAAUGCCUAGAUUAUAGGCCAUGAAAGUUCGUGCGGUCGUGCGUCUGUAAACAAUUGCUUGUGAACACGAUACAGUCUUCAGUUUUGAUUGUAUCUCGAUGAAACUUGUACAGUAUAUAGAUAUCCAUUAGAGCUCGGUUCCUUUCGAAAACCAGCCAGAUCCGUACAUAAAUGCCUAGAUUAUAGGCCAUGAAAGUUUUAAAGAAAUGCUUUCUAUUUUUAGCCAGGUCUGCAUGAGCGAAUUCUAUUUUAGCCAAGUUUACACGUACAUGUAAAUUCAAGUCUAGAGUUAAGGGAGACAAUUUGCAAGUCUAGGAUUUUGAGACAAUUUGCUUUUUGCUUCUGCAGCUGAUUUUGUGAAUUACUCUGCCUUGUUCUUGUUGAAAGCCCAAAGGCCAUUUUUUAGCUUUAAGUUCUGUAGUUUGCACAUUCAUCUUAAUAAAAUUGGUUGUGAAUGUUUAAGUUAUGCACCUGGUGUCAUUACUGGCCACACCCAGGGUUCACAGGUUUGGUAUACAUAAAUCUGGAAAGGUUUGAAAAUCUUUUUGUGUGUUCGUGCAUCCAUCUCAGCACAAUUGAUUGUGAAUGUUUGUUCAAAUUGAUCAAUGUUGUCCUAGGAUGCCCUUGACUUUGACCUUUUGACCAACUUUUUAUGCCCCCACAAAGUGGCGGCAUAUAGGGUUGCCCUUGUCCGUACGUACGUCUGUCUGUCUGUCUGUAAGUACGUACGUCCCGAAGAUUGUUUCCGAUCUAAUUCUUGAAAACCGUUUGUCCAAUCCUCACCAAACUUUAAACACAUGUUUGUGACCAUAAUAUCUUGAUCAAGUUCGAUAGUCAUGGAAAUCGCUUUAGUCAUUUAGGAGUUACGGCCCUUUUUUGCCAAAAAUACUUAAAAAAUAUAUGUUUCCAAUCUAAUUCUUGAAAAGUAUGUGUCCAAUCCUCACCAAACUUUACAUACAUGAUUGUGACCAUAAUAUCUUGAUCAAGUUCGAUAGCCAUGGAAAUCGCUUUUGUCAUUUAGGAGUUACGGCCCUUUAUUUGCAAAAAAAGACUUGAAAAAUACGUCCCGAAGAUUGUUUCCGAUCUAAUUCUUGAAAACUGUUUGUCCAAUCCUCACCAAACACAUGUUUGUGACCAUAAUAUCUUGAUCAAGUUCGAUAGCCAUGGAAAUCGCUUUAAUCAUUUAGGAGUUAGGGCCCUCAGAUUAUCCUGAAUAAUCAUUAUGGCUUAUUUUCUGUGACAAAAAAUCGAAGUGGGGGCAUCCGUGUCCUAUGGACACAUUUCUAGUUUUAACUUCUAAAACUACAGAAAUUUUUACUAUGAGUAAAGUUUUGAAAGCAUUUUUUUUUUUGUCAGAUGACUUUUACUUGGCACAUAUUAAAAUAGUUCAUGCAACUAAUCUGCUUACAAUACUUUCUGUGCUCAGAUGUUGAACUUGCUACGUUUUCAGGUAACCCAAACACAAAACAUAAAAGUAUAUGUCUGUUGCCUUUUGCCCAUACAUACAUGCUCUGGAUUGAUAUGACCACAAAAGCCAUGCCAGUAGAGCAUAGGCCCUUUUGGACCUCUUGUUUUAACAAUCAGUGCAUUUGAAAAUAGCAUCAUCAAAAAUUUGUUCAGAUAAUUUUUGCAAGAAACUUGGUUACUAUGGAAACAUGACAUAAUAUAAAAUAUUUUACUAUUUUUUACAAAAUAUCUCUUUAAGGCCCAGAAUCAUGCGUCGUGUCAUGCAGAAGUUGACACCAAGUGUUCUGUUAUUGAACCUAAAUUUGCGUAUCUGUCCUCAUGAUAUAUACAACUUAUUGUCAUAUGUUGGGCAAAAUUCUUGUGAUUCAACACAUAUUUUAAGAAUAACUUGAUGUGAAAAUAUAUCUGUUUCAAGUUAAUGAUAAAAUUCUAUGUUUUAAUUUAUAAUGACUUAAUCAUUUUUAUGAUUGCCAUUAUCUGUAUUGGCCAUGCUCGGAUGGGCAGAGAAUUGUUUUUCUUUAGAUUUUCAUCCCUACCUGCCUUUGGAAUAAAUUGCCUUUUAGAUUAACUGUUUUUGAAGGAAAAAAUCUUGGGGUAUUGUCAUAGUCUUUCUUACUUUUGCAUUGUUGAAAGUCUUUAUCAUAGGGCAUAAAAAAGAAUGUUUGGUUAGGGUUACAUCCUUUUCAAAAAAAGGCUUUUUGGGGGGGGGGGCUUUAUAUAAAAAUUUCAUUUUUCAUCAUUGGAGAAUGGUGUUAAAGUAAUCUUUUGUAUAACGCAUUCAAGGUUUUAAACUCCAUAUUGAAAAGCAAAUUAGUUUUUCAUUUUUUCAAACUGACUAUAAAAACAGUAGGGUCGCCGCCUAUUUUGUAGGUAGGGUCCAGUAACCCGAACCAAAUGUAUUUUUUUUAGGCCUAGGCCAUAACUCAAUAACUUAAAAAUCAUUGACGAUAUUUAAAUGAAACUUGGUAUGCAUGAUGCAAGAGACAAUACACAUCUGUAUAGUAAGGGCAGUAACUGGCUUUAAUAACUUCUGUUAUGCCCCUUGUGUGACUGAAAAAAACAUCAACAAUAGAUGAGCAUUGACAUUCGCUCUGCAGCUCUCUUGUUUUACUAUAAAAGAUGGAUAAAAAUAGAAAAAUGGCACCAAGAUUUGAAUGUAUCACAGUGAAACAGUUUCCUUGUAAAAAAAAAAGAUAUCCGUCCACCCCACCCUUUUUUAACAAAAUGAAGAAAAUACUUUGAGAAAUAUGUUUCUUCCAUAAAAUUUAACCCUGUUGCUGUUGAGUUUGUUUAAUGAGAUAUAUAUGAAUAUUUUAAUCUUCAUAAUGUUGACUUAAAGGCCUUUUUAGCUCACCUGUCACGUAGUGACAAGGUGUGCUUUUGUGAUCACUCUUCGUCCGUCGUCCGUCCGUCCGUCCGUCCGUUCACAAUUGCUUGUGAACACAAUAGAGGUCACAAUUUUGACCUAAUCUUUAUGAAACUUGGUCAGACUGAUCAUCUCUAUAAAAUCUAGGUCAAGUUCGAUAUUGGGUCAUCUGGGGUCAAAAACUAGGUCACUAGGUCAAUUAGUAGAAAAACCUUGUGAACACAAUAGAGGUCACAAUUUUAGCCUAAUCUCAAUGCAACUUGGUCAGAAUGGUCAUCUCUAUAAAAUCUAGGUCAAGUUCGAUAUUGGGUCAUCCGCGGUCAAUAAUUAGGUCACUAGGUCAAUUAGUAGAAAAACCUUGUGAACACAAUAGAGGUCACAAUUUUAGCCUAAUCUCAAUGCAACUUGGUCAGAAUGAUCAUCUCUAUAAAAUGUAGGCCAAGUUCGAUAUUGGGUCACCCGCGGUCAACAACUAGGUCACUAGGUCAAUUAGUACAAAAACCUUGUGAACACAAUAGAGGUCACAAUUUUAGCCUAAUCUCAAUGCAACUUGGUCAGAAUAAUCAUCUCUAUAAAAUCUAGGUCAAGUUCGAUAUUGGG